UACUUUUUAGUAGCAAACAAGAUUAAAUAUGUUUUAUGAAAGUAAACUAAUUCUGCACUAUCAGCAUAAAAUAGUAUAAUUACAACUUUACAAGUCAAUAUGUCGUUUGAGAGAGAGAAACUAAAAGGCAUAGAGAAGGAGAGAGAAAGACAGAGAGAUGCUUCAAUGGCUAAACUUGAAUGGCACAAACAAAUUUCUACCAUUUGUGGGAAUGAUCAUAGCUGUUUUAGCACAAAGUGGAAGCUUGGUUGUGAUCAAAGUUGCAACAAAAAAUGGAAUUAACAAAUAUGUAAUGGUUGUUUAUUCCAUGGCACUUUCCACCAUCUUGCUUCUUCCCUUAGCUUUCUUUAACAACAGGUCACAGUGUCCUCCUCUCAGCUUCUCUAUACUUUGCAGCUUCUUUUUCCUUGCUCUAUUAGGAACUUCAGGACAAAUAAUGUCUUAUGGAGGCAUAGAACUAAGUUCACCUACUCUUGCAUCAGCAAUGCUUAAUCUCAUCCCAGCUUUCACUUUUGUGCUUGCUCUCAUUUUCAGAGUGGAAAAAAUAUAUUGGAGACAUUAUAGAAGCCAAGCUAAAGUGAUAGGAACUAUAGUAUCAAUGGGAGGAGCAUUUGUUGUCAUAUUGUACAAGGGUCCACCAAUCUUCAAGAUACAUUCAUCAAGUUCUUACAACACACUUCAAUUUUCACCAAAUUUGAACUGGAUUUUGGGAGGGUUGUUAAGUGCUGGAGAUUCUUUACUUUCAUCCAUAUGGUAUAUAUAUCAGGUUUCGGUAACAAAGAGAUACCCUGCUGUAAUAGUGAUAGUCUUCUUUCAAGUAUUUUUCAUCACAAUUCAGUCUGGAGUAUUUGCUUUAAUUGUGGUUAGAGAUCCAAGUGCAUGGGAACUAAAGUUUGAUAUGGGAUUGAUUGUCAUUUUAUAUCAGGCAAUAGCUGCAAUAGGAGUUCGAUACUGUUUACAAACAUGGUGCGUACAAAGGGCUGGUCCUCUUUUUUGUGCUAUGUUCAAACCAAUAGGAAUCAUCUUCACCGUUUUAUUGGGUUUUAUAUUUCUUGGAGAUGACUUUUAUCUUGGAAGUUUGAUUGGUGCAGUUAUAAUAGUGGUAGGAUUUUAUAGUGUGCAAUGGGGGAAAGCUUCAGAAGAGAAUACUGAACGAGUGAUUGAAAACUUGGAAAGGUCAUGCAACAUUGUUCCAUUAUUACAAAAUAAAGAAUAACUAAGUUAUAUAAAUAAUGUUCAAACACCCUUUCUAUAAGACAUAAUUAAAUAUAUUUCUCCAUAUUAAUUAAAAUUUAUUAGUACAAGGAUCUAAAAUACAUAUAAUUUAUCUGGAAAUCCUAACUCAACUUGCAUAAGUCGAUAUUGUUUGGUUGGAC